AGUACAGAGAAAAUUUUGAGAAUAUGAUAUAUCUGUAAUUUUUUCGUUGUUAGACUUGCUCGGUUCUACUUGGUAAAAGCGGCGAGGGGAGCACUUUGGAUGGAAAGGGAAAUCUAGUACAUACGUACCUACUACGUUUUUACUACUACAUCCUCCACGAGCAAAGAAAGAAGGAAAAAAAAAAAAACCAUGACCCAACUCAAACCCCCGCGUCGAUUCCUCUUCAUCGCCUCAAUCGGCAACCCCCAUCCCUACCGCUCAACCCGCCACAGCGCAGGCCACAUCCUCCUAGACGCCGUGAUCCCUCUCCUCCCCGCGCGCUUCCCCCUCGUCUCCACCACCACCUCAACGCCGCUCUUCUACAAGACCUGGCGGAGCCCCUCAUACAUGAACGAAUCCGGCCCGAAACUCAUCCGACAACUGGGCGCCUGGCUCUCCACCACGGAAUCCGAAGUCGUCCUCGCGGAGACCGUCCAGGGCGGGGUUGAGCCGUGCUCGUUGCGGACGUUCCAGCCUACGCUUGUGAUACUGCAUGAUGAGUUGGAGGCGCCGCUGGGGAGGGUUCGUGUGAAGCGUGGGGGGCCCGAAGUGGCUAGUUUGCGUGGGCAUCGGGGGUUGAUUAGUAUUAUGGAGAGUUUGCGCGGGAAGGGCCUUUAUCCGCCGAAAGAGAGCAAAGAGAAGAAUCACCCUAGUGGUCGCCGUCACCCUGGUAAUGGGGGAGGACUGGGGCUCUCUAUUCUGCGGAUUGGGGUUGGCAUUGGGCGGCCGGAUAGUCGGGUUCGCGGGGAGGUUGCCGAUUAUGUGCUUGCGGAGAUGGAUGCGGCGGAGUUGGAUGCGGUGCGCAGGGCGGCUGGGUCGGUGGUGGAUGUUUUGGCUGAUGAGAUUUAUCGGGUGUAAAUCAGAUGUAUAAGUAUGUAUAGAGAGAUACCCAAGCAAUUGAAAGCUGUUUUUUUUUUUU